CUGUCUGUCAGGCGCCUAUUUUAGCGCCAAAAGUUGGCAAGAUCAGCACGAAAUAAUAUUUAAUCUUCCAUUAAUUGUUCAACAAGAUGAGUUUUUCGCGCAGUGCCUUGCGCUAUGCGCACACUAACGGCUACACUGGAUUACUGUAUACGCCGCGCGGUGAGUUUAUCAUCACGUGCGGCACCGAUGGUGACAUACGGCACUGGACCUGCAUCAGCGACGACGAUCCUCGCUCCAGCUGCCUGGGCGAGUUCGUUAUGUGCCUCGCCCACACGGGUACCCGUCUUCUGGCCUCCACGGAUCGCAAUACGGUGCAUGCGUACACCUUCCCGGAUAUGGACAGCGACGGCAUCCUCAUGCGAUUUACGGCCCCGGCGACCUGUCUCAAGGUGCAGGGUGGUUUCACGGCUGCUGGCAGCGAGGAUACCACCAUUAAGGUGCUUAAGGGAGACACCGCCGGCAAUGAGACCGUCCUGGAAGGACACACGGGUCCAGUUUUGGCCCUGGACAUGUUUGCUGAGCGAAAACUCCUGGCUUCCGUGGCGGGCGAUGGCAAUCUCAAAGUGUGGAACUUCGAAGAGGGCAAGGAACUCAAGAGCAUCUCUGGUUUGCCUAAGGUGAACAGUUUCGAGAGCGCCAGUCACUAUGGUACUCCCACUUUUGAGCCGCAGACCGGUGAACUCCUCGCGUAUGCCGUGGACAACCAGAUCGUGGUGCUAAACACAGCCAACUGGGAGGUGGCCUUCAAACUACGCGACGAUGCUGUUUCCAGCAACUACAGCUGCUGCCAAUUCUCCCCGAAUGGAGAGAGACUGGCGGCCGGAACGACCAAGGGUGAGAUUAGCAUCUUUGAUGUUAAAAAGCGCAGGCCAGUUUCUGUGGAGAUGCCACCAAACGACUGCAAUUCAAUCACUUGUCUGGCCUGGAACCGAUCCGGCGAGGAGGAGUUGGCCUUCUGCGAUGCUACUGGCCAGUUGGGAACUGUAUUCUUCACCGAUGCAGCCGCAACGGGCGGUGAGGAGGGUUUAGAGGACGAUCAGGAUGAGCUGCUCGCCGACUAUGAGUUUCAGGGCGACGACGAUGUUGAAGCCCCUGUAGAUGAUGGCGAUGGUGUGAGCCUAGAGCAACUCAAACGCAAAGUUAUGAAGUUCGCAGACCCUGUGGACCAAGACGAUGCCUCCAACCAGUCCUUGGCCAGUAGCAACAGAACUGCUCCUACUGCAGCUGCUCCGCAAAUCAAGCUGUUCAAGCAGCAGGCUGCCUUUCAGCCCAGUGCCACUCCCAGCGAUCUGGAGCAUCGCUACAUGGCCUGGAAUGACGUGGGCAUCGUUACUGCACAUGUGGAGCCCUCGGGAGACGGAGCCAUCGAUGUGGAGUUCCACGAUGCCAGCAUCCAUCAUGCGCUGCACAUCAGUAAUUAUAAUCACCACAAUUUGGCCAGUCUAAGCAGUGGAGCCUUGGCUCUGGCCUCUAACGAGUCCAGCAAGCUGGUGGUAAUUGCCCUGGCCGCCGCUGGAAACAAGGAGUGGUCACUCAGUUUGCCAGACUGUGAGAGUGUGGACGCCUUGGUGGCCACCAGCCAUUUAGUUGCUGUUGCCACGAGCGCCCAUUUCCUGCGCAUCUUCAGCGUCAUGGGCACACAGCGCGAGGUGCUGACCAUUCCAGGACCUGUGGUAGCUAUCGCCGGGCACGAGCACAGCCUGAUGGUUGUGUACCACAGCUCAGCGCCCAGCCAGACGCAGCAGCACCUCUCCGCCAUGCUAGUUAACAUCAAUGGCUUGAGUCUGCGUCAGGAGUAUCUGCCAGUGCCGUUGACUCCGGGCCGGCAGCUCUCUUGGCUGGGCUACAGUGACACCGGAUCGCCAAGCAUUGCAGACAACAUGGGGCUGCUGCAGCUGUACCGCCGAAGCAGCAACGCCUGGUUUCCCAUUUGUGACACCAUGAAGCACAGCACCAGUGUGUCGCACAAUUUCUUUGUGGUCGCAGUUUCCGAGCGUCGACAGAUCGUGCAGGCAGUGCUGUGCCGCGGCACCUCUUACCCAAUGACCAAUCCGCGGCCCAUGCUGCAGGAGCUUCGCAUGCAAAUCCCGCUGUGCGACAUCGAGGUGGAGAAAUCGGAAUUGGAGGAUGCACUGCUGCGUUCGAGUCUGAUGCAAGUCGACGGUGCGGAGAAGAUGCAAAAGGAGACGGCUAUCAAGCUGUUUGCCUUGGCCUGCAGCAGCGAGUGCGAGACGAGAGCCAGGGAACUGAUUGAAUCGAUAGCCUGCACGGAGUUGCUUCAGCUGGCCGUGAAGUAUGCCACCAAGCGCGGACGCAUACAUCUGUCGGAUCGUCUGUGCGAGUUGCUCCCGCAACUGGAGGCCGUCCAGGAGGCACGCAAGCAGCAGACCCUUCUGGGAGCCAGCGGCAUUGCUGCCACAAUUGUCCUGCCCAUGACGCCGACAGGGGGAAGCCAGAGUGGGCCCAAACCGAAGGCAAUCGAGCUGAGCUCGGCUAAACGGGGAACCCUGAAGCGAUUCACCAACUCUCCAAAUAUGUUUAAAGCGGCAUCGCGCCCCGCCACUCCAGAGAUCACACAGUCUCCGCUGGAUACCCAGGAAAACAUAUUCGGGGAAUCGGAGCCCGAGAUUCCGCUGGGUAAAAGUGCAGAGCAAAGAACUCCCCUGAAUUCGGUUAAUCCGUUUGCCAUGAAGCGCAAACUGGGAGAUACUGGAGUGAUCUUCGGCUCCGAGAAACUAAAGCUGGCCAAGAAGUAGAAUAAGCGUAGAUUCAUAAGCCGCAACCGAAUUAAUAUGACCACCAUCGUUGGUGCGAAAAAUACCGGUCAGCCGUAAGACCC